AAAUAAACAUAUUUGCAAUUCCAAAAUCUUGUGAAUAUGUGUGUCUAAAUACACAAAUUAACCUAUAAGCAAUCAAUGCACGCCCAAACGCAAGCAAAGCGAACAUUUUUCUUGCGUUGCACAGAGUGAAAAGCAACGUGAAAACAAGAAGAAGAAAUCUUGUAAUACGUGAAAGAAAUACAUACUGAAAAGUGGCAAAUUGAAAUUACCCAGACGAGAAAAGCAAAUGGAAUCGAAAAUGUGUUUCUAAACAAUAAGUCGAGCUGCGCACAGCUCUACGAAUUCAAUAAAAUUGUGCAAAGGAGUUGACGCCGGCGCUCGACCUAACCGACAGCGUCCCAUUCCCGCUAUUCCGCAGCAACAGUGAAAUUCAAAACAAAAGAGUGAGAAAACCUGAAUUAGUGGUGACAAACAAAAAAUAAAACAACCAAACAAAAUUAAUCACCAUAAAAUACAAUGGGAAUUACUUGUGCGUGCUUGCGUGUUUAUUUUUAUGUAUUGCCUGUUUGACGACAGCACAGUUUAAAAUCAUAUACGAAAGAAAACAAAAACUCAUCAACACAAGUCUUCUUCUUCUUGGCACAGCCAGCACGAAUGUCAUCAAAAGGGAAAGCGUGAUAAAAAAGCAGCGGAGAAUAACACAAAAACAAAACAAAUUUCAAACUCAACGUUCCUUUAUGCGCUUUGCGUUAGCGUUCAACUUGAGACUGACAUCUGUCAAUUGAUCACUUGGGUUGAUUAAGCGGCACAAAAGGUUCGAUUCUGCAACAAGUGCCGCCUAGUAAAGAUGGGCAAACGCAUUGCAUCGGAACGCCAGCAUGUAACGACGCAUCAAACGAACAGUAAAGCACCAUCAUCAGAUCGCAGUGCACGGAAACGCAAGCGUGCCGCAAAUAAAGGCUCUCGGGUGGAGAAGCGCCAGCGCAUGAGCGAUGUCGCAAAUGACAACAGCUGUGAGUGGCACGAAAAUGAUGAUGAGGACUCCUCCUCAUCCGGUUCGGAUAACAUGGCCCUCUUACAAACACCGCAGCCACCGGCACGUGCUCAGUGUCCAGUCAAUUCCCGUGCAUCGCUGCUAUCCCUGGCCACAUUCGCCAGCGGCGGCUACAGCGAUCACAAUAAUUCCAAUACAACCGAAUCGCCACGUCCCGUUUAUACACUGCGCCCCUCUGUAGUCAAUGGCACCAUAUUAAGGGAUGUACUCUCAAAGGCCUGGCGACUCGGACGACCCAUUGGCAAGGGUAACUUUGGUGAGAUAUUUCUUGCCUCGGAUGACACUGUCUGCCCGGUUUCCUUGGAGAGCGCCAAAUAUGUGGUCAAAAUAGAACCACACUCCAAUGGACCGCUCUUUGUGGAAAUCCAUUGCCUUAUCAAUACUAAUCAGACACCAGAAAUUACAAGUGGCAACGAGCCGCGCAGCCAGAAGAUUGAGAAAUUGCUACCACGAAUCAAUAAUGGACCACCAUCGGGCAUCCCGAGCUACAUUGCCUCGGGCACACACUACUUUGGCGAUGGACGCUAUCGGUUUUUGGUGCUGCCGCGCUUUGAUCGGGAUCUGCAUUCGCUGAUUAAGAAUACGCGUGUGGCACAGAAAUCGUUGUUGCUCCUGGCCAUACACAUUAUUAAUGUGCUAGAGCAUUUGCACGACAAGGGUUAUUGUCACAAUGAUAUUAAGGCGCAGAAUCUGAUGAUGUCCAAGUGCAAGUAUCUCAAGCGACAGGCUAUGCAGGGAGGCGGCAGCAGCAAUAGGAGCUUCGCUUCCGAGCACUAUGACGAGAAACAGCAAACGACAGACAGUGGCAACAGUUCCGAACAGGAGGCCAAUGACGAAGACUAUUUCGUAAAGAGCGAGAAGCUUGCGCUGAAACGCCUUGUGGGUGUCAAAGAGGACAAUGAUGCGGAGGAUGAGGAUGAGGAUUUUGAUGAUGGCGCCACAACGAACAGCAAUAAUAGCAACAGCCUUGACAUGUACCAAACGCCAGUGAACAAACGGAAGGGACGCGCGCGCACCAAUGCAAUUGAAUUUAGUGGCUCGAAUCCAAUGCGCUCGUGUCGCCGAAAUGAUACCCGCAAUUCUAGCUCUAUGUAUGAGGAGAUGGUCAAGUCACAUUAUCUGCGUCCGGCGAAGCGCGUCAGUUAUUCGGAGCUGCUCGUCAAUGAGGAUGGCUAUCCGGUGAAACCAGAUGCUGACAACGAACAGUCUCCGGUCAGCUCGGAUAAUGAGUCUGAAGAGUUUUUGCCGCCAUCGGCACGCCGUGGAGGGGGGUCUGUGGCCUCCAAGCGCAGCUCACGCAGCGCCGCCUGCAAAUCAAAAACCACGCGUGCCAUGCGCCGACAGGAUCAAAAGGAGGAGCUCAAAGCCGAAUUGAAUGACCCUGGACGUAACGGUGGGGUGAGAAAUAAGCGCACGGCGAUGCAGUACCAGUUAAUGCCAGUGGAAGAGGAGCAUAUAUUUCUGAUUGACUUUGGUCUAGCCUCGAAAUAUCAGGACCGCGGCGUGCAUCGACCAUUUAUUAUGGAUCAGCGACGCGCCCAUGAUGGCACCUUGGAGUUCACGUCACGCGAUGCGCACUUGGGAGCGCAUUCUCGUCGCAGCGAUUUGGAGUGCUUAGGCUACAAUUUGCUAUACUGGUCGGAGGGUUAUCUGCCAUGGAAGGAUGUGGCGCACCAACAGCAGCAAGAAAAGGUGCAUCGCGCCAAGGAGUUGUUCAUGACUGAUGUGUGCGAAAUGCUUCGACAGUUCUAUGGCAAACAGGUUCCUAAAUAUUUGGGUGAAUUCCUCAAGGAAAUCGGACAGCUGGCGUACCAGGAGCGACCCAACUAUGAGCGCUAUCGCAACAUCUUCCAGCGGGAAUAUCGCCGACUUGGCUAUGAUUGCAGCCAAAUGCAGCUAAGCAGCGAUGAAAUCUUACGCACUCGCGUCUCCGUCAAGGAUGUUGUGGAUGGCAGCGCCAAAUGCGACAUAUUUGAGCUAAACAAUAAAAUUGCUUGCAAUGUUAUGCGCAAUGCGACGCUCAGCACACCGUUCCAGGAGCAUGCGCUUACGAAUCGUGUAUCGCCGAAAAAUCUGCGUUCCAAGUCCAACCGGAAGAAUGUCAAAAAGAAGAUAUUCUCAUGGGCGGAGGUGCUUUCCCAAGAUCCCGAUCAAAUAGCACGCGAACGUGCUGUGAAGGAGUUUGAGCGUGAGGAAGUCAUAUGCCCGCUACAGUCACGUCUACCCAGACGCUACGAGGGCUAUCCUACCUAUGCUAUAUUGGCGGUGGAGCAGUCCAGGCGGGACAAAGGGUUGAUCGUGCAAGAACACAAAACCGAAGAGGCGAUGGAUGAAGGAAAUACACAUAAGGCUUCCGAAUCAGAUGAGGAGUACGAAGACGACGAGCAGGAGCAGGAGGAGGAAGAGGAGGAGCAGGAAGAGGAGGAGGAGGUAGAAGAGGAGCAGGAGGAGGAGGGGGAAGAACGGGAAGCUGAUGCAGCGAGUGAUGAGGAGAGUGAUGAGAGCGAGUGCACAACGCAGUCGGAAGCAGUGCGCAGGGGCCGGGGACGCCCGCGCAACUGCAGCAAACAAAGGCAAUUACAACAACAACAAACGUUGGCCAAAAGUACUGAAAUGCGUAAAAAGACUUUAAGGCCAAGCGGCAAAUCGCGUAACAGUAAUGGCCACAGCCAACAAAUUGCCACACCGUUGACAGCAGUCGGAGGCAAUAAACGUGGCUGCGCCACUCGUAAGGAGAAUGCCACAAUGGCAUCCGCCACCGGUGAGGUGGAGCAACACAGCAAGCUAAAGUCCCGUCAGCCAGUGGUGGAUCAACCCAAACAGCGGCGCACUCGCCGUUGUCUAUAUAAGACUGAAUCACACAUACGUGGCGAGAAGCAGCAGGAUGUGGAGAACAACUAUGCCACGAAUAUGCAAAAUGUGUACAGCGUGUGGCAAUAUGACGAUGAGAACAGAUACGGCAAGGGGCGGAAUGUCAACUCGUCCAGGCAUUGUCGCAAGUGAUACGAUAAUUAGAGAUACCACAUACAAUAGCUACAAUUCAUUGUAGAGAGAGGCAAGCAACCAAGCAAUGUUGCUCAUUGGCGGCAACAGAGAAGCAGCCAACUAUUCAAACAAGUGCAUACAAACGAUAGAAGAUCAGUUGUGCUGCGCUUUCAAGUAUUUUAUAGAAAUAAAUAAAUAACACUAAGUUAGUUCGAUGAGAGGAAAGUUAUAAAAAAAAAAAAAUGGCACAUUCAUCUGGAUUGGCGUGCAUCCAUUGGAGUGUUUGUUCUUUGCCUGGAUCAGCAACACUUAUACGUUUUUAAGGACAUUUAUUUUUACUUUGAUCAAGUAUGAAACUACAACGUUAAGCAGUAAUUGUUACAAUGCAGAUAUAUGUUGGAAGAGAUUCUGUAGGAUGUGUUGGCACAGAAAUAGGUGCAGUGUUAGGUUAUAUAUUGGCCUUGAUAGCAAAUUAUUGUUUAAUUUCAAUUAUUUUUUGAUGUUUUAAGUUACUCGCUUUAGGGUAAUCGAUUCGAUAAUUGUAUACCCUCAAAAAACAAAAAAAAAAGUAUUUACUAUAACUAGAUGAAGAUUAUUAUUGCAUAAAACAUAAUUAUAAAAGUCUAAGCUAGGAUAUAAACUGCGGAUAUAAAUAAAAUACCUAGAAACUGUAUGUCUACCAAUUAA